AUGUCUCCCACCAACAGAUCGGACGACGUCCAUCUCAUCUCUGAUCUUUGGGAUCAAGCCGUCAAUCAGUUUGACGUGUUGGCUCGGGAAGGAAAGCUCAUUCAUGGUCCAUUCACAACCACCGUGCGUGACGAAGAUGGCUUCAAGGUCGCAUUUCAACUUGCGCCUCACCUCAACUACAAACCAGUCCUCCCGCCGGAUGCGCCCGAACGCAAGGCCAAUCACGCCAAGAGCAAUCCUUUCGCCAACCCUGACCCUGAUUUCACUCUGGGCAGUGUCGGACUACACCAUACCUUGCUGAUGAACAAGUUCUGCGUCUAUCGACCCAGUCUACUUCUGAUCACCCGCGAGUACGUUCCGCAAUACACUGCUCUCGAUGCCUCCGACAUCGCUGCAACCUGGAAGGUACUCGAGCAGUUUUCUCGAGAGCAGCCGGCCAUACCAAUGCUGAUGUUCUACAAUUGUGGUGCAGAGUCAGGCUCAAGUCAGGGACACAAACACAUGCAAAUCAUGCCCCAUCCGCGGGUAGAGAAUGUCAAGUUUGAGCUCUUUCCGACCAAGGCCACCUCGGAGCAGGACAUUGCAGAGAGCCUAGAACAUGUGCCACACAAGCACUUUGUGCUCCGGUUGCCACCUAACGCGACCUUGCAGCACGUGACCGAGGCUUACGAGAAGCUGUUGGCGCGACAAAAAGAGGUCAUUCGUGCCCUUGGAAGCAGCGGCGAUGAGCGACCGUCGAAUCCGCCCCAUAAUGUUGUCAUGACGGCAGGAUGGAUCUGCUUAAUACCGCGCCGGCAUUCUGGUGCAGACAGGGCUACAAUGGCCAACGCUCUCGGCAUGCUAGGUGUCGCCUGGACCACACGGUUACGCGAGUUUGACCUAUGGGUUGAAGAGUCAGGAUCUAUCAGAAAUCAUCUGGAGUAUCUUGGGCAUCCCGUAUGA